UUUCUGUUUAGGAAAUUGUAUAUAGUCAUACAUACGCAGACAUUGCUUCAGUCUGGUACCUCCUCGCGUAGCGCGUACUUCAAAAAAUUGUUUUUAUUUAAAAAAAAACGAAUAAGAGAGUUUAAUAUAUUAAAGAAAAAGAUUGUUCAUAAUUUUUUAGCAUAUGAUGAAAUUAUUCGCGUAUUAAAUACCGCAGUGCUUAUGUUAUAAGUUUCUUUAUAGUUUAAAAAUUUAAAAUUGGUGAAAAGUAAAAAUUUUCACUUUUAAUAUGGAUAGGCUGCAAAAAAUGUUCAAUUGUAUAUUGAUUUUACUUUAUGUAUUAUCAAAUAUUCCUCAAAAUGUAGCGGUCCGCAUAUCUAAUUCACAACAACGAAUUAAAGAUAAUCAGGGUGAUCUAUCAGCAUCGGGAUCUUAUUGGCAACAGCAUGUGACUCCUUCCAGCGGAACGACAGCUUAUGAAUCACCAUUUUAUUCGGCUACACAUGGUCUUGUGCAGACCCAUCCGUCUCUAGGCACUAGCCACUCAGGACCAGUUCCUUUAAAUAAUAACAAUCUGGGAAGUGGAGUGCCUCUUGCUGGAGCAACUAAUAGUAAGCCUUCCUUAACCGCAGGAAGCGGAUAUUUGAACUCUCGGGGAAGCUUGCCAAGUUCCGCGCGCUAUCCGUCUCAUAAAAUUACAGGAACUGUGGUUGAGCCAAAUCCAAAGUCUCCGUUCCGACACUUGGAUUUCUCUACAAGUGCUACAGCUGAAUUGCGCCGAAAUCCUUCUUUAUCUGCUCCAGAUGAAUGCGCACGAGCUUGUCGUGAGGGAGAACCUCCUAGAAUUUGUUAUUAUCACUUUACUUUGGAGUAUUAUACCGUUUUGGGAGCUGCAUGCCAGGUAUGUACACCAAACGCAACAAAUACAGUAUGGAGCCAUUGCCAGUGUGUUUUAGCUGAUGGUGUAGAGCGCGGAAUUCUUACUGCCAACCGUAUGAUACCAGGACCAAGUAUCCAGGUGUGUGAGAAUGAUAAGGUUGUUAUUGAUGUAGAGAACCAUAUGGAGGGAAUGGAGGUGACUAUUCACUGGCAUGGAAUAUGGCAACGAGGUUCUCAAUACUAUGAUGGGGUACCUUUUGUCACACAAUGCCCAAUUCAGCAGGGAAACACUUUUCGCUAUCAAUGGACUGGAAAUGCUGGAACGCACUUUUGGCAUGCGCAUACUGGUCUUCAAAAAUUAGAUGGCCUCUACGGAAGCGUUGUCGUUCGCCAACCUCCAUCAAGAGACCCAAACUCUCACUUAUACGAUUUUGAUUUGACUACCCAUAUUAUGUUGAUCAGUGACUGGUUACACGAAGAUGCGGCGGAACGGUAUCCUGGGCGCCUAGCGGUAAAUACAGGUCAAGACCCAGAAUCAAUGCUGAUUAAUGGUAAAGGCCAAUUUCGUGAUCCAAAUACGGGAUUUAUGACAAACACACCUUUGGAAAUUUUUACUAUAACUCCUGGCCGGCGUUACCGAUUUCGUAUGAUAAACGCAUUUGCUUCAGUCUGUCCGGCUCAAGUGACUAUUGAAGGGCAUGGAAUGACGGUUAUUGCAACUGAUGGUGAACCUGUACAGCCAGUUGAUGUAAAUACGAUAAUUUCAUUCUCGGGAGAACGUUACGAUUUUGUUAUUUCCGCGGAUCAGCCGGUUGGUGCUUAUUGGAUACAGUUGAGAGGUCUUGGAGAGUGUGGAAUUCGGCGAGCUCAACAACUAGGUAUCCUACGAUAUGCAAGGGGUCCAUAUCAACCAUCUUCCCAACCUCCAACGUAUGAUGUUGGAAUUCCACAAGGUGUGGUUAUGAAUCCUUUGGACGCACAAUGCAACCGUCAAAGAAACGAUGCCAUUUGCGUAAGUCAGCUGAAGAAUUCUCUUGAAAUAGAUCGCGGAAUACUGGCAGAAAAGCCAGAUGUAAAGAUUUUUCUACCAUUUCGCUUUUUUGUUUACCGUGCCGAGGAUCUUUUUCAACCAAACACCUAUAAUCGAUUUUUAGUUGCACCUACCGGAGACCACGUGAUUUCUCUAAUCGACGAAAUUUCUUAUCUGUCGGCGCCCGCACCGCUAACCUCGCAAUAUAACGAUAUUAACCCAGAACAAUUUUGUAAUGGGGACAAUCGUCCGGCUGAUUGUGGACCAAAUUGCAUGUGUACUCAUAAGAUUGACAUACCACUGAAUGCAAUUGUAGAAGUGGUUUUAGUAGACGAAGUUCAACAGCCCAACUUGUCUCAUCCAUUCCACUUACAUGGAUAUGGAUUUAGUGUUAUCGGCAUCGGACGAUCCCCGGACUCCACUGUUAAGAAAAUAAAUUUAAAGCACGCUCUUGAUCUAGACAGAAGAGGACUGUUGCAUCGACAGUACAAUUUGCCACCGACCAAGGAUACAAUUGCUGUGCCAAACAACGGAUACGUUGUUUUGCGAUUUAGGGCUGAUAAUCCUGGAUUCUGGCUCUUCCAUUGUCAUUUUCUAUUUCAUAUUGUCAUAGGUAUGAAUUUAAUUUUGCAGGUCGGCACAAAUGCUGAUUUGCCGCCCGUGCCACCUGGAUUUCCAACGUGUGGCGAUCAUACUCCGCCAAUACCCAUUAAUUGAAAAGCAGUAUGUUACGCCUUCAACUUCAUGCUGACCAAAACUAAUCACUAAAAUAUUGGCAACAAAAUAUGACAUUUGUAUGAUAAUUAAAACCCUGCACAAUAUAUAUUUUCUUUUGUAUAAAUAUAAAAUCACAGAAUCCUUUUAAGGCAUGGCUGCCGUCCAAGCACACCUUUAAAUAAUGCUUUCUUUUUAACGCCAAGGUGCCUAGCACAAAAUAUAUGUUUGUAUAUAUUUGUAUAUUUGUAAAAACAGCCAGUACAAUACAUUAAUUUAUUUUAUUAAAAUUGCA